AGCGGGCCGAUUUGGCCCCCAGGCCUCCAGUUUGGCCUGAAUGUGAGGAAGAGGAGAGGCAAUGAACAGCUGAUGUCAUCAGGAGGCUGGAGGCGGGGCAGAGGGGUAAGUAGAAAUACCCCGAGGCGGUUCGUCCGUCUCAGACCUCCAGCUGCAGCGCCUCCAUCAUGGCCUCUUUCUCCUCCUCUGCCCGCUCCGCCUCCUCCUACCGCCGCACCUUCGGCCACGGCUCCUAUGCCUCGCCGUCCCUCAACCGCUCCUUCAUGGGCCCCGCCGCCGCCGGAGGGGCCCACGUGACCUCCAGAGUGUACGAGGUGACCCGCAGUGCUGCCUCGCCGGCCUACCGCCUGUCUGCCGGGUCCCUGGGGGCCGCGGGGUCCCUGGGGGCCACCCGGGUGUCGGCAGGGCGCUACGGCGGCCUGGGGGAGACGCUGGACUUCAGCCUGGCAGACGCUCUGAACCAGGAGUUCCUCGCCACACGGACCAACGAGAAAGCGGAGUUGCAGCACCUGAACGACCGCUUCGCCAGCUACAUCGAGAAGGUCCGCUUCCUGGAAACGCAGAACCAGGCGUUGGUUCUGGAGGUCCAGCGGCUCCGGGACCGGGAGACGCCACGUAUCGCCGACCUCUACCAGGACGAGAUGAACGAGCUGAGACGRCAGGUGGAGGUCCUGACCAAUCACAGAGCCCGGCUGGAGGUGGAGAGGGACAACCUGGUCGACGACCUGGACAAGGUCAAGAUGAGGCUGCAGGAGGAGAUCCUCCAGAGGGAAGAAGCUGAGAACAGCCUCGCUGCGUUCAGAGCUGACGUGGACGCUGCCACUCUGGCCCGUCUGGACCUAGAGAGACGCAUCGAGACGCUGCAGGAGGAGAUCGCCUUCCUCAAGAGGAUCCACGAAGAGGAGAUCCGGGAGCUGCAGAACCAGAUGCAGGAGACGCAGGUCCAGGUCCAGAUGGACAUGUCCAAGCCGGACCUGACGGCGGCGCUGAGGGACAUCCGGGCCCAGUACGAGGGCAUCGCCGCCAAGAACAUCGCCGAGGCUGAAGAGUGGUACAAGUCCAAGGUUUCGGACCUGAACCAGGCCGUCAGUAAGAACAACCAGGCGCUGCAGCAGGCCCGCCAGGAGACGCUGGAGUUCAGGCACCAGAUCCAGGCCUACACCUGCGAGAUCGACUCCCUUAAAGGGACGAACGAGUCCCUGCUGAGGCAGAUGCGGGACAUGGAGGACCGCCACGGGCGCGAGGCGGGUGGCUUCCAGGACACGGUGGCCCGGCUGGAGGCCGAGAUCGCCACCAUGAAGGACGAGAUGGCGCGCCACCUGAGGGAGUACCAGGACCURCUGAACGUCAAGAUGGCGCUGGACGUGGAGAUCGCCACUUACAGGAAGCUGCUGGAAGGCGAGGAGAGCAGGAUYGCCUUGCCCAUGCAGAGCUUCUCCACCCUGAGCUUCAGAGAAACCAACCCAGAACCGCCACAGCGYUCCGCAGAGACCCAUUCCAAGAAAACKGUUCUGAUCAAGACCAUCGAGACCCGAGACGGAGAGGUGGUCAGCGAGUCGACGCAGCACCAGCAGGACAUCAUGUGAGGAUCUGCAGGAAGAAGAGACGACACGACGCUCCGCAGCGCUCUGACCAACUYAAUCUAAUAAAGCUGAACUAAGCACAGCGCUAGCAUUAGCAUUAGCCUGCGCUGAUUUCAUCCUGCA